GGUUAAAGUGAGAUUUCCUUGGAAUGAAUGGCUUGAAUUGAGUUCUCUAAAAUAGCCUGAACUAUGGUAUCGCUUGCCUCAAAUAGUGCUAGGUAAUAACUGCUUGCUUCUUGUUUGUGUAGAAUAAUGGAGGGGAAGUCCAAGGAAACCGAGCAUGUGGAGGAUGAAGAAGAAUAUGUUUUGCUUGAUCUUGAUGAUGUGGCUUCCCAAGUUGACAUCCCACCAAAUGCGCCAUAUGUUCUCUCAGGCUUGGACACACUGAAUCCGGUGCUGAUUAUAGGUGACAAACUGAAGCUGAUAGGAGAAUAUGAAGAAACAAUUGGCACAUGCUAUGUUUUCUCGGAAACUGAUGCUGCUCCUGUGGUUCAUGAGGAGACGGGAGCAUCUGAAGCAAACCUUUUCAUGGGAAAAUGCAUUGAAGAUUCAAAUCAAGCUCCAACUAAAGAAGUCAAGCCAGUUGCAAGUCUUCAAAAGAUUAUCAAGUUUAGAUUGUCACCUGAAGUUGACACUUCAGCAUCAGCAGUCGAAUCGACAGAUUUCAAUUUGUAAAUUCAUGUGGCAUCUCAUGUCAAAUGUCUUUUCAGUUCAUGUAAACAGAUACAAUCAUAUGCUAACAGCUUUCUAAAACAUUGUGUGCCUUGGUCUGAGGUGGUUUCCCGUUUUAUCAAAUUGUUGUCUUAAGUGU